AUGAAGGUGAUAUUAAUAGUAGGAGCAAAACUUCAACUGAUUAUAUCGAAAUUGGGAUUGAGAAUUCAAGAUAAAGGAGAUGUGGUUAGAGGAGCUCCUGUCGUUGAACCUGGCGAUGAUCUCUUUUGGUUCGGUCGUCCUCGUUUCAUCCUCUUCCUCAUUCACUUGGUUCUUUUCACGUACGAAUUCACACUAAGAAACUGCUUCCACCACAAAACCGAAGAUAUUGCAAUUAGAAUCACCAUGGGGGUAUUAAUACAAGUUUUAUGCAGCUACAUCACUCUACCUCUCUAUGCUCUUGUUACUCAGAUGGGAACUUCAAUGAGGCCGACCAUAUUCAACGAUAGAGUAGCCAAUGCAUUGAAGAAAUGGCACCACACGGCCAAGAAACAAACCAAACAUGGACACUCGGAGUCUAACACACCUCACUCGAGCCGCCCUGCCACGCCAACACAUGGCAUGUCACCAGUGCAUCUCCUCCACAACUACAAUCACCGAAGCCUUGACCAGCAAACCAGCUACACUGCCUCUCCUUCUCCUCCUAGAUUCUCUGACUUCGCCGGCCGCCACCAGAAUUUCUUUGAUCCUGAAUCUCAGAGUGUCUCUUACCAACGUGAGAUCACUGACUCCGAAAACAGCAACAGUCAUCAUCCCCAUACCGACGUAGCAAGUCCUGUUAGGGAAGAGAGAGAGGUUGUUGAGCAUGUCAAGGUUGAUUUGUCUGAGUUUACGUUCAAGAAGUGA